UCCCUAUCUCGCUUCGAGUCAGCCUACAACAUUGUUGCUCGUUCCUAAUUCGGUACCACCGGAAAACCGAGUUAUUCCGUUUGCUCUUGUUCUGUAAAACACCAUUGCGAAUCUUUGGCGCUUUGCAGGAGCUCGAUCCGGGCAUCCGUUAUUCUUUAAUGACCCGUUAACUAUCCUAUUCCGAAUAAUCACUCCAACUCCCUUAACAUACGUCCCGGAGGUUUCCUGCCUCUCCACUUCCACAACCGACAUCAUGACCCCUCCAACGAAUGGCACCCGAACGGUGCCUAUCACCAACGGCAAAGUCACAUACGCCGAGAAACACAAGCUACCAGAACACUUCAUUGGUGGCAACAAAUUAGAAAAUGCACCUCCGUCGAAAGUGAAGGAUUUCGUUGCUUCGCACGAUGGACAUACCGUAAUCUCAAACAUCCUAAUCGCCAACAAUGGUAUUGCUGCCGUGAAGGAAAUCCGAUCUGUACGAAAAUGGGCGUACGAAACAUUCGGCGACGAGAGAGCCAUUCAGUUCACGGUUAUGGCAACACCGGAAGAUCUUGCGGCCAACGCGGAUUAUAUCCGAAUGGCUGAUCACUAUGUGGAAGUUCCCGGUGGCACAAAUAACCACAAUUACGCUAACGUGGAGCUGAUUGUGGAUGUCGCUGAACGCAUGAACGUUCACGCUGUUUGGGCUGGAUGGGGACACGCCUCAGAAAACCCUAAGCUUCCAGAGUCUUUGGCAGCAUCACCCAAAAAGAUUGUCUUUAUCGGCCCUCCGGGAUCUGCCAUGCGCUCUCUCGGUGACAAGAUCUCUUCUACUAUCGUUGCACAGCAUGCCCGAGUGCCUUGUAUCCCAUGGUCAGGAACUGGCGUCGACACUGUUGUAGUGGAUGACAAGGGUAUUGUCACAGUUGCUGAUGAAGUAUACAUGAAGGGAUGCGUCAGUUCUUGGGAAGAGGGUCUGGAGAAGGCUAAAGAAAUUGGCUUUCCGGUGAUGAUCAAGGCCUCCGAAGGUGGCGGCGGUAAAGGUAUCCGAAAAGCCAUGUCCGAAGAGGGAUUCGAACAAUUAUACAAUGCCGCAGCGAGUGAAAUUCCUGGUUCUCCGAUCUUUAUCAUGAAGUUGGCAGGCAAUGCUCGACAUUUGGAGGUGCAAUUGCUGGCUGAUCAGUAUGGUAACAAUGUCUCGCUUUUUGGUAGAGAUUGUUCCGUACAACGAAGACACCAGAAGAUCAUUGAGGAGGCACCUGUCACAAUCGCCAAGCCGCCUACAUUCAAGGGCAUGGAAGAUGCUGCUGUGCGACUUGGACGUCUAGUCGGUUACGUCUCCGCCGGAACCGUUGAAUAUCUUUACUCUCACGACGACGACAAGUUCUAUUUCUUAGAGUUGAACCCUCGUCUCCAAGUAGAGCACCCUACUACGGAAAUGGUCAGUGGUGUGAACUUGCCAGUUGCUCAAUUGCAAGUCGCUAUGGGUAUUCCUCUCCACCGAAUUAGCGACAUCCGAUUACUCUAUGGUGUUGACCCUAAACUCACCACCGAGAUCGACUUUGAAUUCAAGGCUCCAGGAAGCGAGAAGACCCAGCGACGACCACAGCCGCGUGGCCACUGCACUGCGUGCAGAAUUACUUCCGAAGAUCCUGGCGAGGGAUUCAAGCCUUCAAACGGUGUGAUGCAUGACCUCAACUUCCGAAGUAGUGCAAACGUUUGGGGUUAUUUCUCUGUCAGUACUGCGUCCAGUAUUCACAGUUUCUCUGACAGUCAAUUCGGUCACAUUUUCGCUUAUGGCGAGAACCGAGCUGCCUCGCGGAAGAACAUGGUAGUUGCCUUGAAGGAGUUGAGCAUUCGUGGUGACUUUAGGACGACCGUCGAAUAUCUAAUUAAACUUCUUGAGACGGAAGCGUUCGAAGAUAACACAAUCACGACUGGCUGGCUUGAUGAGCUUAUUUCAAACAAGCUGACUGCUGAGCGACCGGAUCCCAUGCUAGCUGUCGUCUGCGGAGCCACCACCAAGGCUCAUAUUGCUAGCGAGGCUGUCAUCGCAGAGUACCGGUCUGGCCUUGAGAGAGGUCAAGUGCCCUCUAAGGACAUUCUGAAGACAGUAUUUCCGAUUGACUUCAUUUACGAAGGUCACCGGUAUAAAUUUACUGCUACUCGUGCUGCCGUUGACAGCUACCAUCUCUUCAUUAACGGCUCCAAAUGUUCCGUUGGAGUCCGUGCCCUUAGCGAUGGUGGGCUACUCAUCCUUCUCGAUGGACGUAGUCACAGCGUAUACUGGAAGGAAGAGGUUGGCGCCACCCGUAUUUCCGUCGACAGCAAGACCUGCCUUCUGGAGCAGGAGAACGACCCUACUCAGCUGCGCUCGCCUAGCCCUGGCAAGCUUGUGAAAUACACUGUAGAAAACGGUGAACACGUUAAAGCUGGACAGACGUAUGCUGAGGUUGAGGUUAUGAAGAUGUUCAUGCCUUUGAUCGCCCAAGAAGAUGGUAUCGUGCAGUUGAUUAAGCAGCCUGGCGUCACUAUCGAAGCUGGCGAUAUCCUCGGUAUUCUUGCUCUUGACGACCCCUCUCGCGUCAAGCAAGCGCAGCCAUUCCUUGGACAGCUCCCUGAAUUCGGACCGCCUCAGGUUACGGGCAACAAGCCUGCGCAGAGAUUCGCUUUGACAUAUAACAUCCUUAAGAAUAUCCUCUCGGGUUACGACAACUCCGUCAUCAUGCAACAAACGCUGAAAGAGAUGAUCGAAGUGUUGCGGAACCCCGAGCUCCCAUAUAGCGAAUGGGCAACUCACCAUGCUGCGCUUCACUCUAGGAUGCCGCACAAGCUUGACGUUCAAUUGACUCAAGUGGUUGAUAAGGCCAAGGGUCGCGUUGCAGAGUUCCCCGCUAAGACUUUAUCUAGAACUCUUACGAAGUUCUUGGACGACAACACUACUCCUAGUGAAGCUGACGCGCUGCGAACAACCAUUGCGCCGUUGGUUGAAAUCGUCGACAACUAUGCUGAUGGCCAGAAAGUGCACGAACUUAAUGUUAUCGCGGGCUUCCUCCAGAGCUACGCUGAUAUUGAGACCCGCUUCUCGGGACGGCGAAGCCAGGAUGAGGAAGUAAUCCUAAAGCUUCGUGAAGAGAACAGAGAAGAUUACAUCAAAGUCAUCCAAGUAGUCCUAUCUCACAGUCGCGUCGGCUCAAAGAAUCAUCUCAUCUUGGCCAUUCUGGAUGAAUAUCGCCCGAACAAGCCUAACGUCGGCAAUAUUGGAAAGCACUUAAGACCAGUCCUGCGCAAGCUCACGGAACUCGAGUCGCGUCAGACUGCUAAGGUUUCUCUGAAAGCUCGUGAAAUUCUGAUUCAGUGCGCGCUACCGUCCCUGGAAGAGCGAACCGCUCAAAUGGAACACAUCCUACGUUCUUCUGUUGUUGAGAACAAGUAUGGUGAGACUGGCUGGGAUCACAGAGAGCCCAACCUCGAUAUCAUCAAGGAGGUGGUCGAUUCCAAAUACACCGUUUUUGACGUGUUGGCAUCCUUCUUCGCCCACGAAGAUCCCUGGGUCAAUGCUGCCGCCCUAGAGGUGUACGUCCGCCGAGCCUAUCGUGCGUACAACUUUAAGAAAUUAGAAUACCACGAUGAUGAGACAGACUCGGUCCCUCUAUUCUUGUCUUGGGACUUUUCCUUCCGCAAGGUUGGGCAGACCGAAUUUUCCCUCCCUCUCUCCUCGGCCAAUCCAUCCGUCCCUGGCACUCCUACUACGGAAGCUCCCCCCCCUUUCAAUCGGAUUAGCUCUGUUAGUGACAUGUCUUAUCUAAAGCACCGUACUGAUGAGGAACCCACCCGCAAGGGUGUUGUUGUGCCUUGCAGGUACUUGGAUGAUGCCGACGAAAUGCUCCAGAAGGCUCUGGAAGUAAUACCGACCAAGAAGCGUGCCGUGCUUAUCCCUGAUCUCACUGGCAAGCGCAAAUCAUUUGCCCAGAAGCCUAUAGAGGAGGAGCUAACCAACGUGGUUAAUGUCGCGGUUCGUGAUGUUGAGUCUUAUGAUGACCAAGACAUUCUGAGCCGCAUUCGCUCCAUAAUCGAUUCGUUGAAGCAUGAUUUCAUUAAUCACCGGGUCCGCCGUGUUACAUUUGUCUGUGGUCACAAUGAUGGUUCAUACCCAGGCUACUACACUUUCCGUGCCCCCGAGUUCUUGGAAGACGACAGCAUUCGUCAUGUCGAGCCCGCUUUGGCCUUCCAGCUGGAACUUGCGCGCCUCGCCAAAUUCAAGAUAUCCCCCGUGUUCACUGAGAACAAGAAUAUUCACGUGUACGAAGGCAUCGGCAAAGGCGUUGACACCGACAAGAGAUACUUCACGCGUGCUGUCAUUCGUCCUGGUCGCCUUCGGGAUGACAUCCCCACCACGGAAUACCUUGUCUCUGAGACUGACCGAGUCAUUAAUGAUAUUUUCGAUGCCCUUGAAAUCAUUGGAAACAACAACUCUGACUUGAACCACAUGUUCUUGAAUUUCACACCGGUCUUCCAGCUGAAGCCUCAAGAGGUUGAGCAGUCCCUCCAGGGCUUCCUAGACAGAUUUGGCCCCCGCGGCUGGCGUCUUCGUGUGUCUCAAGUCGAGAUUCGCAUUAUCUGCACGGAUGCAUCCACGGGUAUGCCUUAUCCUCUACGUGUUAUCAUCACGAACACCUCUGGAUAUGUCAUCCAAGUCGAAAUCUACGCAGAGAGAAAGUCCGAGAAGGGUGAAAUGGUCUUCUACUCCAUCGGUGGCACUACAAAGAUUGGGUCAAUGCAUCUACUACCCGUCUGCUCCCCGUACCCGACGAAGAAUUGGCUCCAACCCAAGCGUUACAGGGCGCAUUUGAUGGGUACCCAAUACGUGUACGAUUUCCCCGAGCUUUUCAGGCAAGCCGUUGAAAACACUUGGACGAAGAUUACCUCAACACUACCGUCCUUGGCCGUCAAGAAGCCUGCCCAGGGUGAAUGCAUCGACUACAGUGAACUUGUUCUCGAUGAUCGCGAUAAGUUAAUCGAGGUUUCUCGAGAACCUGGUACUAACACGUGCGGUAUGGUCGGUUGGGUCAUCAAUGCCCGCACCCCUGAGUACCCCACUGGAAGAAAAUUCGUUGUCGUUGCCAACGAUAUCACCUACAAGAUCGGAUCCUUCGGUCCCAAGGAAGACCACUUCUUCAACAAGUGCACAGAGUUGGCUCGUAGCAUGGGUAUCCCUCGCAUUUACCUUUCAGCUAACUCUGGUGCACGACUGGGUGUUGCUGACGAGUUGAUCCCGCACUUCAAGGUUGCUUGGAACGAUCCAGAGAAACAAGAGUCAGGCUUCAAGUACCUCUACCUAGAUGCCGAUGCCAAGAAGCGAUUUGAAGAUGGCGCUAGGCGAGACGUUAUCACCGAAGAGAUUACCGAAAUCGGAGAGACUCGCUACAAGAUUGUCGCCGUUGUUGGUGCCGAGGAUGGUCUGGGUGUUGAAUGCUUAAGAGGCUCCGGUCUCAUCGCCGGUGCUACCAGCCGUGCUUACAACGAUAUCUUCACUGUCACGCUCAUUACGUGCAGAUCGAUUGGUAUCGGUGCUUACCUUGUCCGCCUUGGCCAGCGUGCCGUUCAGAUUGAAGGUCAGCCCAUCAUCCUCACUGGUGCUCAGGCUCUCAACAACUUGCUUGGUCGCGAAGUAUACACCUCAAACUUGCAACUUGGUGGUACCCAAAUCAUGUACCGCAAUGGUGUAUCGCACUUAACGGCCAAUGAUGACUUCGCCGGUGUCUCUAAGAUCGUUGAAUGGUUGUCCUUUGUUCCCGCCCAGCGCAAUCUCCCUGUACCUAUCCUACCUAGCCUUGACCCUUGGGACCGUGAGAUCAUCUACACCCCGCCAAACAAGCAGCCUCAUGAUGUCAGAUGGCUCAUCGCUGGUAAGCAAGAUGAGGAUAGCUUCCAACCUGGUCUCUUCGACAAGGACUCUUUCGUCGAGACACUUGGUGGCUGGGCCCGCACUGUAGUCGUCGGUCGUGCUCGCCUUGGCGGUAUCCCAAUGGGUGUUAUUGCCGUCGAGACCCGAACUGUGGAGAACAUCACUCCCGCCGACCCUGCGAACCCCGACUCCGUCGAGCAGGUCAGCAACGAAGCCGGCGGUGUUUGGUACCCUAACUCCGCGUUCAAGACUGCCCAAGCCAUUAACGACUUCAACCAUGGUGAGCAGCUUCCUUUGAUGAUCCUUGCCAACUGGCGUGGUUUCUCCGGCGGCCAGCGCGACAUGUACAACGAGGUUCUGAAGUAUGGUUCAUACAUCGUCGACGCACUUGUCAAGUUCGAGCAGCCGAUCUUCGUAUAUAUUCCCCCCUACGGUGAGCUCCGCGGUGGCUCCUGGGUUGUGGUUGAUCCAACAAUCAACCCCGUCGCCAUGGAAAUGUACGCCGACGUCGAGUCCCGCGCUGGUGUCUUGGAACCGGAGGGUAUCAUCGGUAUUAAGUACAAGAAAGAGAAGCAGCUUGAGACCAUGGCUCGCUUAGAUCCUUCUUAUGCUGCGCUCAAGAAGCAGGCCGCCGAUACCAACCUCUCCAAGGAAGAACUUUCCGUGAUCAAGGAGAGGAUGGCAGAACGUGAGAGGCAACUAUUGCCUAUCUACGCCCAGAUCAGCAUCCAGUUCGCUGACCUGCACGACCGGGCCGGCCGCAUGAAGGCCAAGGGCACCAUUCGGGAAGCCCUUGAGUGGAAGGACACUCGUCGGUUCUUCUACUGGCGUGUGCGCAGACGUCUCAAUGAAGAGCACAUCCUUAAGCGUAUGGCUGCUGCCUCGACUUCUGACAAGCCGACUGACUCGAACGGCGCUGAAGCUACAGAAAAUCGCCAGCACCAUCUCCGCCUACUCGCCGCUUGGUCUGGUAUCGCCAACUUUGACCGCAGCGAUCGGGAUGUAGUAACCUGGUACGAAGAGAACGCGCAGACGAUCGAGGCUAAGAUCCAGCAGAUCAAGUCUGACGCUGUCUCGAGGGAGAUGGCCGACCUCGUAAGAGCUAACAAAUCCUCAGCUCUCAAGGGCCUAAAAGACAUGCUCCACAUGAUGCCCGUUGCCGAACGGGAAGAGAUCAUGAAAUACCUGAAGUAAAUCGUUGGGGUAUACGAACUUGUAUGAUGGCGGUUGGGGUUUUAGGGGUAUUAUAGGGAUUGAUGAGGUUACAGGUAUAGACAAUGAAUAAAGACGAUCACACAAUGUAUAGGUAGAGAGAUAUCUAGUUGGUUUGAUUAUGGUUGGCGAUUGUUUUUCUAUGCUUUUUUAUUACCGGCGU